GGACAUCUUGUCCUCGCCAUGAAGCCACUUUCACCCUCCCUUUUCCUUUAAAUUCUUGGUGUCUCCGAUUCUGCUACUUAAGCUUGUAGGUUUUGCUCUUAGUUCUCUUCUUAGCAUUGUUGCAUUGCUGUCUUGGCGUUCGGUCGUGCUUCUCCACCGCGACUCAUUCGCUAGAUCCAACCCAUUUCUUGAGUUUAUGUCUCAACAACGGAGACCACAGUCUGCGCUUUCUGAUUAUCCUGAGCCCCCAGCACGCGAUCGUGCCGAACUCCCUGCCCGUCACCCGAAUGGCGGCGGAUCUAAUACCAAAGACGGUACCCAAAGAAGCCUUGAUUCCAAUGAAGAAUUCAAUUUACCGGAGAACCAUCACAUAGACGAAGAGAUGGAUGGGGUGCGUGAUGACAGUUCAUUGUCUGGCAAUGUGGCACAAACUAUGCUUCCCCGCGACUGGCAGCGGAGGACAGCCACGUAUGACUAUGCGUACGAAAAGUCCCUGAGCCAUGCGGAGUCGAAACUAUUCUACCAGCGACAUCAACUCGGGUCCAAAUAUGCGGAUGGCGAAUUUCCCCAGAGCGCGGCUGUGUCUUACCCAUCAACGACCGUGCCUAACAUGCCGGCUGGGGAAGGUGAAUUUUCAAGUAGGCCAGCAAGUAUAGCAUCGCGUAUGAGUAGCCAAGGGAAUGUGCCAUUGGCACAAGGUCAGCACCCUGUCCCGGAUACGCGCUCUGGGUACAGUCCUGUUAUAAGACCCCAACCUCCUUCACCUCUUCAGCGCAAAACCUCCGGUGGUUUUGCGACUCUGGACCGAUCUGCUCGAAAUUUUAGCCCGCAAGCCUCGACAUCCAAUGAACCCAAGUCACAACUGCCUUCUCUUGAAGGGACUUUUGGGACUGGCGUUGGUGCUUCUGAAGGAUCCGGCGGGUUUGUGACCAAUGACGAUGCAAUCACAACUGAACUGCGCAUUAUUUGCCAGAGGAUCCAACUCCUUCUGGAUAUGAGGCGGAGGUAUAUUCGACUCUCAUUGCAGAGAAUGUCAGAUAAUCCACGAGAUGAGCCGGGCUGGACUAUAUACCCUCCUCCACCUGAGCCGGCAUGGGAUGACGACAUGUAUCCUCCCGGGACCGGAAGCAUGUCGAAUAGUAUGGUGAUAAGUGGAGCCCAGCGAACUGGAAUUAAUUCCUCAAGUGACGCUGUUCCCCCGUCUCCUGCCCGAAGGAAGCGAAAACUUGGCCAGGAUAUUGGUGAGGAUUUUUACUUGGAGGAUCUGUUGCCAGUUCCUGGAGCGUCUCCAAUGACAUUUGAACUUGACGCAAACAGUGUCUAUCAGGUUUACGAGAAUGAAGAAGCUUGCAAGCUGAAACAGCCUAUAGUUCAUGUCCCGUCCCUACGAGAAUUUUACAUGGAUUUGGAUACGAUCACUGAGGUGUCCACUGACGGCCCUAGUAAGAGCUUUGCUUUCAAGCGACUAAGCUACCUGGAAGGCAAAUUCCAGCUUCAUGUGCUCCUCAACGAGUACCAAGAGAUGGCAGAUAGCAAAAAGGUACCCCAUAGGGACUUUUACAAUGUUAGGAAAGUCGAUACUCACGUCCACCACUCCGCUUGCAUGAACCAGAAACAUCUUCUGCGAUUUAUCAAGAGCAAGAUCAAAAAGUCUCCCGAUGAGGUCGUCAUGUUUAGAGAUGGCAAGCACUUGACAUUGAAGGAGGUGUUCGAAAGUAUCAACCUCACGGCUUACGACCUCAGCAUUGAUACUCUCGACAUGCACGCUCAUAAAGAUUCGUUCCACCGAUUUGACAAAUUCAACCUAAAAUACAACCCUGUCGGAGAGUCGCGCCUUCGAGAAAUUUUCCUCAAAACCGACAACUUCAUUAAGGGACGAUAUCUCGCGGAGAUCACUAAAGAAGUAAUCUCAGAUCUGGAAUCCAGCAAAUACCAGAUGGCUGAGUGGCGUAUAUCCAUUUAUGGCAGAUCCCUAGAUGAAUGGGACAAACUAGCCGUUUGGGUAGUUGACAACAAGCUAUUUUCUCCAAAUAUCCGCUGGCUGAUUCAAGUCCCUCGGCUGUAUGAUGUCUACAAGUCUACUGGCAUGAUGGAAAACUUCGAGGAAGUUAUCAGAAAUGUUUACCAGCCCUUGUUCGAGGUCACGAAGGAUCCAUCAACUCAUCCAAAGCUUCAUAUCUUUUUACAACGCGUGGUUGGUUUCGAUAGCGUUGAUGAUGAAAGCAAACCGGAGCGUCGAUUGUACCGCAAAUUCCCAAUUCCAAAACAGUGGAAUACCAAUCAGAACCCACCUUACAGCUACUGGAUCUAUUUUAUGUUCGCCAACAUGGUGUCACUGAACACUUGGCGAAAAAAUCGGGGCUUCAACACUUUUGUUUUGCGACCUCACUGUGGCGAAGCCGGCGAUCCGGAUCAUCUAGCUGCCGCAGUGCUCUGCUGCUAUGGUAUAAGCCAUGGUAUCCUACUGCGCAAAGUGCCGUUACUUCAGUACCUGUUUUAUCUGGAUCAAAUUGGUAUUGCGAUGUCGCCUUUGAGUAACAAUGCUUUGUUCCUGACUUACGAUAAGAAUCCAUGCGCGAGCUUUUUCAGGCGGGGCUUGAACAUUUCAUUGUCGACUGAUGAUCCUCUGCAGUUUGCUUUCACCAAGGAGCCGCUGAUUGAGGAAUAUGCUGUUGCCGCACAGAUAUACAAAUUUAGCGCUGUGGAUAUGUGUGAAUUGGCAAAGCAUUCCGUUGACCAAUGCGGAUUCGAACUCUCGCUCAAGCAUCGAUGGUUAGGGCCGACAUGCCACCGACCUGGGGUUGAAGGUAACAAUAUGGCGAAGAGUAAUGUGCCGGAUAUUCGCGAGCAAUUCAGGCAUGAAACAUUGCUGGGAGAGUUGUCAUUGUAA